AUGUGGAAAACAAAAUUUGAUGUCAACGGUACACAUACAUCAUCGUCAUCGUUUAGUUAUCGAAAUUUGCCUAUAUUAAGGCACCAUUCAUUAGCCAAUAGCAAUAAAAUCAAUACGAAUAGAAUCGAACAUAAACGUGUGUCGACAAAAACUAGAUUAGAUAGUCAUAAUCAAUUUCAAUGUAACAUACGAGAUCCUUCAGUAAUUCUAAAAACUCGAUUAACAGAACAGAAUACGAACGCACAUCAUCCACUAGGUAUUUUAGAGAAAUGUGUUGAAUCAGAAGAAGAAAGACGACCGUCAUCACCUCGAUCAUAUUCACUCGUAACAGAUGAAUCACACAUUUAUCCUCAUCAAUUAAUAAAACGAUUACUACGUAUUGACAAAGAUGAACAUCAACGACAACAACAAACAUCAACAUCAUCCGAAAUAAUUACAUCGUCUACACAAUCGUUUGAUAGUGAACAAAAACAUGAUGAUUGUUCAAGUUCGAGUAAAAACAAUACAUCUUAUAUAUUUACAACUCCAUCAUCAUCAUCAUUAUCAAAUAAAAUUGAAUCAUUAAAUACAAAUUAUAAUCAUAAACGACAAAAUGAAAAUACUGGUUUUGUAAAUGACAAAUAUGUAGCAGAUAUUCUUCUUCACAAUCAACAAUCAAUUGACCAUUCAAAAAUAUUUAGAAAUCUAAUCGAAUAUUUUGAGAAGAAAAAAGGUAUAAGUAUUCAAAAAAAAAUUUUAAAAGCCAAACGUACUAUUAAACGAAAUUAUCCUAAUGUUCAAUUAGAAAUAAAUUCAACAACAACUAAAAGUUCAACAAUAAAUAAUAAUGAUAUUUAUCAUCGUAUCAAACGUAUGAAAAAAUUUCAUAAACAAUUACCAACCAUUAUGUUGACAGAAAAUGUUUUUAGUAACGAAAAACCAAACAGUAGUCAAUCAGCAGAAAAUGAUAUUAUCACAUCAAUUGUACAAGAAUAUGAUAAUCAUCAUAAGCAUGAGACGAAAGUAGUUAUACAACGGAAACUGUCAAUAUUUUGGUUUUUAUUCAUUAUUAUUAUAAGUGCGUUAUUCGUUUAUCAUACACCAUAUUUGAUCGAACAAAUGAGUACAAAUCAAGUUCUACUAUCCAUAUCAAUGUCAUCUAAUCAUUAUUUAACAUUUAUAGAACGUUAUAUAACAAAAUUUCAAGAAAUAUUUCGUGAACCAUCAUCAAAAAUUGACACAACAAAAACAUCACAAUCAAAAUCUUAUCUCUAUCGUUAUGGACAAUUUAUUCAAAAAAUUGUUUUCAAAUCAUUUGAUAUUAUCUUCAAAUAUAUUGGAAUUAUUUUUUUUCUUAUUGAAAAAUAUGAAUGUCCACAAAAAUUAGCCUAUUUCAUUACAGCAACGUAUGAAAAUAUAGUUAAACUUACUAUGAAGCUAAAUCGAUGA